UUAUUCUUCUAGCUGCGACCACUAAAUUGAUAUAGCAAUAUCGGCUGCUAACUUCGAUUACUCAAUCAAAAUAUUCAUAUAAAGUUUUGAAGUUAGAUAACCAGCGUGAUUCGAAUUGUUUUGCAUUUUCGUUGAUCUAUAUUACUAAGUAAAAUGCUAAAAUCUGCAAAUCGUGUCCUAAAAUUCCCUUUUGGGAAUUGUUUUUUAAAUAAAAUAAAAAAUUUCCAUUUGAGCUCAACAACAAAUCUAAUUUUCACUGAACAACAUGAGGAAAUGAAGAAAACUCUUAACAAGAUUAUAGAAAAAGACAUAGAUCCAUUUAUAGAUCAGUGGGAAAAAGAUGAAAAAAUUCCUUUGAAAGACCUAUUUAAGAAACUUGGGAACGCUGGUUUACUUGGGAUCACAAGACCAGCAAAAUAUGGUGGCUUAGAAUUGGAUUAUUCGUAUUCCGCUGCAUUCUUAGAAGAAUUAGGUAAAAUUGGUUGCGGAGGUGUCCAAAUGGCGAUAGCCGUACACACCGAUAUGUCUACUCCAGCUUUGUCGAGAUUCGGAAGCGAUGAACUGAGAAGAGAGUUUUUAGCUCCAUCUAUAGCUGGUGAUCGGGUAUCCUGUAUUGGUGUCAGUGAAGUACACUGUGGUUCUGACGUUGCUGCCAUUAAAACCAAUGCUGUGAGAAAAGGGGAUGAUCUAAUAAUCAAUGGAGGCAAGAUGUGGAUUACAAAUGGCCCUCAAGCAGAUUGGAUGUGUUUAUUAGCCAAUACCAGUCAAGGAAGUCCUCAUAAAAAUAAGUCAUUAAUUUGUGUACCUCUAGAUUCACCUGGUAUCAAGUGGAAUAAAAUUCAUAAAUUAGGCACUCGGAGCUCUGACACUGCCCAGUUUUUCUUUGAAGAUGUGAGAGUGCCCGCAAAAAAUAUUAUUGGGGAAGAAGGAAUGGGAUUCGUGUAUCAAAUGUUGCAGUUUCAAGAGGAAAGACUUGCUGCUGUUUUGCCUGUUCCUAUCAGCUUAUCUAGAUCGAUUCAAGAAACAAUUGAUUAUUGUAAAGAAAGAAAAGCAUUUGGUCAACCCAUUAUCAACAAUCAAAUCAUUCACUUUACCUUAGCUGAACUGCAAUCUGAAGUUGAAGCUUUACGAUCCUUAACAUAUAGAGCUGUUUCUAAAAUGAUAGAUGGAGAAGAUGUCACUCUCCUGGCAUCAAUGGCAAAAUUAAAAGCUGGUCGACUUUUGAGAGAAUGCAAUGAUAAAUGUCUUCAGUUCUGGGGUGGAAUGGGCUACACCUCUGAAGUAAGAAUCAGCCGAGCAUUCAGAGAUGGGCGACUUCAGUCCAUAGCUGGCGGUAGUGAUGAAAUUAUGCUCAACAUAAUCUCUAAAUACAUGGGGAUUCUACCAAAACCUGCAAAGUAACAAGAUUGAUUGGUCUGAAUAGGCAGCCACUUGGUUCAUUGUUUGUUUGAUUUCAUUAUAAAUCUUUAUUUUUUUAAAUAUAUUUCGAGUUUGUUAUUGAAGAACAUAACUAAGAAAUUUUAGCAUUUUAUAAUAUGAAAAUAUGAUGCAAAUUUGUAGAAAGGGCAAAUAACAUUGGUAACAGUAGUUAUUUUAUUUUUGCAAUGAUUUUCCUUAAUGUACAUUUUCAAAAUCAUUGUCAAAAUGCCUGCUGAGUAUUCGCAUUAGGUGUCUCAAAUCAAUAUUUAACCAACGAAAGAACUAAAAUGCUAUUGAACCUCUGCAGAGGAAGUCGGGAACAAAUAUGUCGAAACCUGCUCGAUUGCUAGAGGAAACAGAAUUUGAAAAGCAUGUAUUGGGAACAUAAAGUUUCACGAGAAAACCCAACUGGUUAUGUUGUUUUCAUCCCGCCUUCCUUUCUAGUGAUUUCACAGUUUUUUUUAUAGAGGUUUUAAUUCUUCCUUGUUUUAUUAUUAACUUGUGACCCAUAAUAUGUUUACUUUUCUUUACUUCAUUCCUGACAAGGAUUCUAAAAAUAAAUAAUAAUGGUGGUCAUUAUAGAAUACCCUGUAUAAGGAUUACUCAUGUUAAUUUAAAUUAAAAAAGCUAAUUAUUGUAAUGUUAAUGAAUAGUCUUUUGAUUUUUGAUGUCUACAAAUUAAAAUAAAAAGCAUGUUGAUCAUGGCCAACAUGCAUGCUGACAUCAUUUCGCAUGUUGUUAACAUUCAGAAAUCAAUAAUAUUUCAGAAUUCAUUAACAUUCUACUGCAUGGUUUGCAUUCUAUAGAAAAUAUUAAUUCGUUCUGCCAAAUCCUGGAGAAAGGCCUUAAAUUGUUAACUGCUUCCCGACGUUUCGAUACUUAAUGCAGUUUAACAUGCUCUUCUACAUAAUCCCUUGUUUAUUAAAAACUAUGAAAGUAAUGUAUAAAUAUUAUUUAUUUAUUGAUGUAAUUAUUUAUGCUUUGUAUAUCUUAUUACUAAUGAUUUUACGUUAGCUUAGUGUGUGUGUUGUAUGACAUUCAAUUUGUAAUGUUUUCCAAAUCCUAAUUUGUGUCUUCAAGGUGUCAUACUCUCAUUUUCUUAAUUUUUAUUAAUUUGUAACAUAGACAUCGCUUUUAACUGAUUUAUACUUAGAUA